AUGAAGAUAGUUAAAAGGCAUAGAGAAGUAAAAACCCAUACAAGUAAUUGCAAAAUCUUAUCAAAGGAAACAAUUCCUCAGUAUUUUCACAUGCCAAUUACAAAAGCAGCAAGGGAAGUUAAUGUGGGAUUAACCCUUUUGAAGAAAAGGUGUAGAGAAUUAGGAAUUAGAAGGUGGCCACACAGGAAGUUGAUGAGUCUACAAACCCUAAUCAAGAAUUUACUCGCUUUACGGGUUUUACAGGAGUUAGGGCAGGAGGAAGGAGAAGGGAAGUUGAGAGAUGCAAUACAAAUUUUAGAGCAAGAGAGAAAGUUGAUGGAAGAGGUUCCUGAUUUACAAUUGGCGGACAAAACUAAGAGACUGAGGCAAGCGUGUUUUAAGGUAAACUAUAAGAAGAGAAAGCUCAUGGUUGGAAUGCCAUCAAUGAUAUCGAAAUCGAAAUCUGCAGGCUCUAGUGGUGAUAAUCCAGCAGCAAGUGUUGAAACAAAUUUCAAACAAUGGAUCGGCGGCGGACAGAGAGGACUGACUUUCAGGGAUUUACGGACUUCGGUGAGGGAGAGGAGUUCGCUAGCGAUGGUGGAUUUCGUCACAGAGUGGACCGAUUUUCAGGGAUUUAGGGAUUUCGUUUCGUCUUCCUUUCCUUCACGACAUUUUGGGUGGCCGCCGGUGGUUACUUUCGUCACAACAACGAGUGACUUUUACAGAUUUACUGAUUUCAAUUUCUCUUCCUUUCGUUCAAGGCAUAUGGGGUUCGCCGGCGGUCGUCUACUUCGCGAGAGAGAGGACUGA